UUGAAUCUUCAGCCGCAUGGCUCGAUACCUCUUGGGCUGCCAAGUUCCGCUGUAGUUUGACAACAGGGCAAUCAAGCGCUUCCAUACAAUAGCGAUGAAAGGCUACCUUCUUAUUGGCUACUUCUGCGUGGCUGCAAGCUACCGCCAGCAGCUUCCAGCUGCAGGUUUCGCAGCUGAGCUUGAUAGUGGAGAGAGAGUGCGACAGAUCCUGGAGCCCUGUGAGAUGGUUCAUUUGGACAUCGAUGUGCCUAGAGGGAAUGUGAGCUUUUCUAUGAGAAGGCACUUUGGUACUGUGGGCCUUCCUUUGCCCAGGGAUCCAGUCCCCGUCCGAACGGGCGCGACUGACCGGCUCAAUCAAGUGAGCAAGGAUGGUCCAAAGGUUGCUGUCAUGGAUGCGGUGCGUCUGGCCAGCUUGGCUCGUGAAGAGCUCACUAUCUUUGGAGCAGAAGUGAUGCUCGGGGCGGCUAUUUGUGUUGGGGCUGCUCUUCAGAGGCGCCGGGCAAACCUGUGAGAUGCUGUGAGAUGCCGACGUGAUCUAAUCCAAACCGAGGAAAAGCCGAACCGUUAGAGUUUCCUUGGGAUCCCUGAUUGCGCAGACCGUCGUGUCUCCAACCUAGCAAGGCCAGGUACGGCAAAACGCUGGUAGCACAGUCCAUGUGAGGCAGCCAAAGUGGCCCUUGAUUCGCAUUGAUGCAGAGAC